UUGGCCACGAGUCACCAAACCCAUUCGUUCCCAUACACUCUCAUGAAUAGAUCCUAACGUCCCCCCUACUGCGCUGAGGGAAUGGUUCAACCCGCUGAGAGGGAGAGAGAGGGAGACUGUGCGCACAAAGGAAGUCCACAUUCUGAUGGUUCUGAAUGGAGAUAAUUGGGUACAUGAUGUAAACACGGAAUAAAUAUCGAAAGGCAUCGUUCCAUUUUUUUUUUUUUUUUUUGCACCCCCCUCUCCGUCCAUCCGCCGCAGUUGUCCAUUAAAGGUGUUUAAUAAUAUAUGAGGUCGUAGCUAUACUGGCUGCGCGUCUGUCUGUCUGUCUGUGCAGAGAAAGAAAGGCAGUCAGAGAGUGGGAAACUGAAGCCAAGAGUGAAGGAAAGGGAAGAGGAGUUGAGCUUUGUUUCAUCCUCGCUUUGGUGAGGUUUCUGGAGUUUCCCGCGUGCUUUGGAGACGUGAUGUUGGACUGGAAAAGCUAACCAAGUUCGACGAGGGACGGGGAUUUUUUCUUUUUCUUUUGCGCUUUGGAGCUGCGAAAAAUGACAAUAGAAGAGAACGCCAAUAUGUUGCAUUUCUGAGUGCCCCCUCUCCAUCACCCCUUUCUACACGCCUCCUGUUUGUAGGCAAACACGUCUCCAUGGGUGAGGUCCACUGAGCCAGGAAUCCCUGUGUCUCUCACCCCUCCCUGCCUUCCUUGCUACCCUUAAACCGUCCCCCACACCCCCUCUCAAGAGGAGCCACAAUGACUUCCACCAGCCAGCUUCUGGGUUUAGCCGAGAUGGGCCUAAAGUGUGACCAGGAGAUCGAGAGGAGGUAUGAGAUUGUGCCCUCAGUGGUCUGCUCCAUGUGCUGCCUCUUUGGAAUCAUCUACUGCUUCUUUGGCUAUCGGUGCUUCAAGGCAGUGUUGUUUCUAACAGGCCUGAUGUUUGGCUCUGUGGUCAUCUUCAUGCUGUGCUACAAGGAGAGAGUGAUGGACACUCAGCUGAGCGUAGAGGCGUCUGUCGGUAUUGGCCUGGGCAUUGGGACACUGUGUGGCCUGGUGACCAUGUUGGUCCGCAGCGUGGGCCUUUUUAUGGUAGGCCUGCUGCUGGGCCUGCUGGUUGGAGUUGCAUCACUUGUGGUUAUGGAGGAAUUCUAUCACCCCAAAACAGUGUGGGUUCCUCUGGGAAUCCUUCUGGGCUCUGGGACAUUGUUUGCAGUCCUCACUCUUCAGUGGCAACGGUGCUUCGUCACCUUCUCCACGGCAACAUUUGGCUCUGCCAUCAUCACUGUCACAGUGGAUUACUUUAUAGAGCUGUUUGCCUUGGUGCACUACAUCUAUGAGAGACUCAAGGUGGCACCAAAGAAGCCUGUCUGCUGGUUCACCUGGGUCAUCUUAGGGGUGUGGCCUGUCCUGACCCUCCUUGGAGUUCUGAUCCAAUGGAAAGUUACUGCAGAGGGAUUUUCUCACACAGAGGUGGUACUGAGUCGGCAGCAGCGGCGGGUUCAGCUCAUGCGAAUCCGACAAAGAGAGGAAAAGCUGAAAAAGGAGAAGGAGAACAAGAAGAAGAAAAAGCGUCAAAACCAGAAGACAGCCCCCAAGCAGAAGGCUCAUACCCAUCACAGCCACCAUCACCAGCAGUACCACCACCCAGUGGUGUCCCACGCUCAUCACCAAACCCAGAGCUCUCAGCAACCUAAGGUCCCUCCUCCUCCUUCGCAGACGGAACCCGGCUACCACCGCAAACCCAACCCCAAAAGACGCUUUGAUGGAGAUGUGCUGUCUCCGAGCUACAUCAGGAGUUUCAGAGACAGACAGACAGACAGACGGGCUUACUCCCACACUCGGAUGAGUCGCUCUCGGAUGGCUCAACUGGACUAUGACUGCGGCUCUCAAGUGCCUCUCACAGUCCCCAGUGGACCAGCAGUUCGGAUCUAAACACAUUCACUGUCACUGGCACCUUCAAAACUCUUGGACAGCAACAGAAGUAAAAGACUUGAAACAGCCCAGUCAACUGUUAGUUUACCCAACUGAAGAUUACCAUGUUCUGAUGAUUUGUAACCCAAAAUGGUUCCGUCUUGUUUGGUGUUUUUGCCGACAAUUUUUAUUAAUUUUUUUUUAGAAUGAUAAUGAACAAAGACUUUGGUUUUGGAGGGAGCACAAAUUGAUGGCCAUCAGAUUCUUCAUUUAGCGUCCAGUGAAGCUUUUGCUUUCCAUCGAGGCGCCGAAGGAUAAUGGAGCUGUUUCAUAUGUUAUCACACAAACCGUUUCAGUAAUUUUUCAGUGUGACCUGUUCUGGGAAGGGAAGAGGGUAUAUUUGUCAUACUCUGUAACGUCGCAGCUGAAAUGGAAUUGUGUGUAUUUUAGAGUAUCGGGGAAUUGCAACGUUUUUUUUUUGUUUUUUCUUCAUCUGUAUUCAGUAUCUCUACCUUCAAGGCAGUUAAAGGAUGACACACUUCACUUCAAGGGUUCUGAGGGGAGUGCUCGGUGUUAAACGCUAAAACAAACUGAAGGUACAAUGCAAACACUGAUCUAAAAGCUCUUACUGUUCUUUUUUUUUUCCCCACUUGGAGGUGUCUGUGUAAAGUAAGAUAUUUAUUUCACUAGGGUUAUUUUUUUUUUUUCCCAUCACAGCUUGUUAAAACAGAAAAUAGCAAGUGGCUUGGCAAAUCCUGUGGGUUUUUUAAGAGGGGGUGAAUUGUAGGUGUGAAUCGAACUGAGCGGUUCAAACCAAAGAGGGUUUUUUUUGUUGUUGUUGUUGUUGUUGUUGUUAAUUCCUCUUCUAAAUUAGUAUUGCUUUCUGCGUAUUGUGCCAUUCUCCAAGGCAGAUGUGUUCACAUCUCAUCACUGACCUUCCUCCAUGUUUGGUCCCAAAUGGUCUGCUUCUGUGUUUGAGUGGACACGUGAGCCCUACAGCUGAUGGGCUGGCCCAAUUAUUAGCAAACACGAGGGGGAUUCAUUUAAAUGUCAGACGCGCAUGCCGUACAAUACUCUUCCCCCUCCUGUUUUACCACAUACUGCUUCGCUUGAAAGGAUUAACUUCUGAAGGUUUUUCAUGACAUGUUAUGUAAUGAAGAGGAGGCCUUAAAGAAAGAUUAGCUCAUUGAAAAGAGGUAAGAAGAUGAAAGCAUUUGCAAAUGGCACCCUCUAAUGUUUACUGCUGGACCUGUCUUUUAGACUUUCUCUAUGUGUGUGUUUGUGUCAACAUAACUUUACACGGUACUCUAUUUUUAACUUAUGUAUUUCUUGCAAUCAAGCUGUUGAGCCACCGUCCAGAAAGGAGAGGUGGAUUUCGGUGUUUUACAUAAGGACGCCGUGUUUAACAUUAUUUUAUUUCCGCCUUACAGAAGCUGAGAUGUUUUUACACACGCACAAUUCCUUCUUAAGGAAAUAUUACAAUGAGUUAUGACAAAUGAUACUGCCAUAUAAUGCAAAAAUAAGAAAUGGAUUAAACUUGAUCCCUAAAAAUGUUGGAUUCCAUGGUUUGAAAUGUGAACAGAACAAAGCGGCGCAACAGUUAAACAUUCACGCACUGAUUUAAUAGUGUUUGACUGUUGCAGAUUUUGCAGUUCUUUCUUACAGGGGCACAAUUAAUUACGUUAUACUCCAUUAUUGCAUGACAAAACUCAUGUAAAACCUGUAUCCAUUGUGUUUGUGUCAUUGUUGCCAUGCGGAAACCCCAGAUUUCCAGCUUUUUUGGACCAAGGGUGCAUAAACACCUCUUUAUCUCUGUAUAUUUACGCUGUCCAAGUAAAAACCUUUGAAAGGACAUGUAUUGUUACUAGAUGGAUGCUUCAGAAUAUUUAAAGUAAGGUUCUGUUACAAGCAGUUGACAUCGUACCUCCAGUAGCAUAAAUCCUGAUUAGUUGAUCCCAGAGGCUGAAGCUAAUGGCCAGUCUGAGAGAGGCCAUGACCGAAGCAGACCUCCAAUCUCAAAACCAUCAUGGUGGUUUAUGUGGGUGCUAUUUUAUUAACGCUAUAACUGUCAUCAGGUUUGUGAUUACUUAUAAAGACAUCGGUGGUUAUUUUCACCGGAACAGGAGGUAGGAUGUGGUGCACCAUCAGCAAAGUUCCUGCAUUAAACAUGCUGAAGGUUAAAUAUGUAAAGCAUUUCUGGUCAAAAGGUAAAACUAUUUUCGGUAGUUUAGAAAAUGUUUUUAUUGAUUUUUACACUGACUCACUUUUCUAGUAGGUGGUUAAUCUGACAAGAUGCUGUAUAUGUGCAGUUCGCGGUGCAUGUUUUGUACAGGAGCAUCACUGUGACACCUCCCAUUUCCAUCAGCUGUGAAAACAAGCAGCCCGGCUAAAACAGAGUGACAGUUCAAAACAUGAUCAAAAGCUGCUUGCAUAAACCACUUUGAAGGUUUCGAAACUGGAAUGUUUUUAAUGUGGUACAAAUCCACUUUGGUCUGGGCUCCCCUCAGAUUACACUUUAGCUUCAGCCUCAUCAAGCAACUGAUUUUCAUGUAUAACUAAAUGACGAUGCGAAGAUGCUGUGGGUAAUUUAUUACCCACAGCAGACAACUGCAACUUCCUAACAAGAACUACUUUAAACCAAUUCUGAACUAUUUCUCUUUAAUUUAAACCACCUCCUGUUCUACUUUAUGGUAUUACUCUGAUGGUCUUUCACCGUAAUGUCUGUGAUAGUGUAACUUUAUUUUUGCUCGUACCUCAGUCCUCUUUUUUUAUGUCCUGGUUGUGUUUUUACUGUAGUGGUGGUGUAUGUUAUCAUAUGUAAAUGCUAAUCAUUGGCUCCUUUCUUGCUUGUAAUUGGUGGGGUGGGCUAAUAAUUAUUUUAUGUACAUUGCUUUGUCUUUUAUUUUUUCAUAUAGUACAAUAUUCAGCUACACUGAAUAUUGUACUAGAUAUUGUGAGAAUAUUUUGACUGUAGAUACUGACUUGUAAAUAAUCUUAAUGUGCAAAUAUUUGACUCGGUUUUAAUGUUUUUUAACAUUUUGUUGUGUUUCAUUUCUGCAGCUGAAUACUUUUAAUGGAGUAGACCUGUUAUGCUGUGAUCCUGCUGAAUGUUUUUUUUUUGUUUUUUGACCUUGUGUAAAUAUGUUUCUCAUUCUGCUGGUUGAGCCUGUGAUGAUGGAAUUCAGCCGACAAAUUUUAAACUUGGAAAUUUAAAUUUGGCUUUGAAUCGUCUUUUCCUCAAAGCCAUUCCAGCUGCAUGCCUGUUUAAAGCACAGAUUAGCAAUUACUGUGACAUGUUUUGGAAUCUUUCCAAAAACAUAUUCCUGGGUACAAAAUUAAAGACUUCCACAGUAUGCAAAUAACGAAUUAGGACAGAGGUUAGAAACCAAUGCUCUCCUUUGGAAUUAGAAUACUGGAAGCAAUAUGUAGGAAGAAAUCAUAAAGUAAGCUGACAUUACAGGAAGCAGAAGGUACAGUAGAAAUAAGUUGCCCUUUGCUGUUGACCUGCUACAUAAUGAGUGGGGCGUUUUUAGACAUAAGCUGCAAAAAAUGACUGCAGAAUAUUCUGUGUAAUGCAACUCACACUAAUUAUUGUAGUAGCCAUCAUAUUCUUUCUUUUUGAGCUCCAGUCUGUGCAGUUUCUUCUGUCUAAUUUUUCUUCUCGCAUCUUUUUCUGUCCAGAUAACCUUUUCAUUCAGUUUGCCGUUGUCAUUUCUCUUCUUUUCAGCCUGCAACACCAUCUCUCUCUCUCUUUCUUUCUCUCCUGUUCUUCAUCGAAUGCUCGUUUAUUGUCUGUUUCUAUUCUGUCUUCAACACUCACAGCCGUGGCCUUUUUUCAUCUCUGUUGACAUUUUCACUCCAGUGGUUUCAGAGACAAACGACACAGACUGCAAGUCUUGUUACUUUCUAAUCUGCUUUCAGCUGGAAACAAAGUGUGACCAGGGACAACUCAUUACCCGGCCAUUGUUCACAUUUCCCUCACUCCUGCAUCUGUUAGGGCACUGAUUGUUUCAAUUUCUCUCCCUCACAUUAAGUGAAUUAAAUGUUGAAGUAGCAGUGCCACGCUUGAGUGACAAAGCUUGUAUAAUUACAGUUCAUAAAGGAGUCAAUACAAAGAUGUGCAUGUUAUUUAAGAAAUGCUAAUGAUCAGCGAUAUGGUACUUUGAAAAGGUGUCCUUCUGAACUUUUUCAGAUCUCACAUUACUACAAUACACUUUGACAUAUUUUAUUUAAUUUAAGACCAAACCUAGUCUCAAGUUUUUUCAGCUUUAGGUAGUUUUGUUCUCAUAUAAUUAAGUAAAUCAACUUUUCCACCAACUCUGACUAGUUUUUCUUCCCUUAGAGGUGAAAAACUUUCCCACAGCAUGAUGACCCCACUGUCCUGUUGUUCAAGAGUGUGUAUGCAGUCUCAGACAACAAAAAAAGAAAAAAAAAAAAAAGGACCAAAACCAACAUGUUUUGUUAUUAGGUUUUAAAAUGAAAACAAUUUAAAACCACACAGUUAUGGACAUCUCCUCUGAGGUUUAUUUGGAGUGAAACAUCAAACCAUUUUUACCUUCUCAUUCAUAAGCAAACACAUGCUACUAAGUUCGACCUUUAAACAUGACUGAGUUCCCUCUUAGUUCAAUACUUUUUUUUAAAAUAUAUAUGUUCUUUAAAUCCAACCUGACACAUUCAUUAAAUCUGCAACAACAAUUGCCCCUAACCGAUCCUACGUUCAUACUAAAACAAAUAAUGGAAUAUGCACAGUGAAAAUAUCUCCUUUCAGUAUUAUGUUUGACCACAGUGCUUAGGGGCUCGCUGAUCCGUCUUGAAGCUCAGAAACCUCCCUUAUUAUGCUGAACCAUAACAGCUUGUUAAAAAUGGAAAUGCAGAGAUGAGAAAUAGCAAAGUCGAAUGCUUUUCCGAAAUAUAAAGUAAUGCUAAAAAAAGAAAAGAAAAAAUGUUUAAAAUCCUGGAAUGCUAUUCAUU